AUGUCUUGGAAUCUAACAAAGAAGUUUAAAGAGACCCAUCUCGGGCCAUUGAAAAGCAGCCUCAGCGGUCGGUCUACAUCGACUUCUACAGUCAAAAGCGAUGAGCAACCACUGUCAGACGAAAAGCUCAUGACGACGACGAGUAGCGUAAGCAAAACCAGUACUACAAGCACGAAUGGCAUUGCGGCUUCGGAAGAUAUGAUUGCAUCACCGCCGCAAGUACCGAGCAAACCUGGCAUCCUCAUAGUCACUCUCCAUGAGGGCAAAGAUUUCUCUCUACCAGCGCAAUAUCAGCAAACAUACAACUCUCAACUACAAAAUUCAAUCUCAUCAGGAUAUGGCGUGGCGGGCUCCAUGCGUGAUCCUAUGGGCCGUACCCCAGGUGGAAUGGCAGGAUCCUACGCUCAGAAUCGACCUCAAUCAGCAACUGGAGGUGGUAUUAAUGCUGCUCCAACGAUCCAUGGCAGAUACUCUUCGCGACACCUACCCUAUGCGCUGCUGGAUUUCGAUAAGGUACAAGUGUUUGUCGACGCAGUUUCAGGAAGCCCGCAAAAUCCCUUAUGGGCGGGCGACAAUACGUCCUAUAAGUUUGAUGUUUCAAGAGCCACAGAUCUAUCCGUACAAAUUUUUCUAAGAAACCCAAAUGCUCGCCCAGGCGCUGGUCGUAGUGAAGAUAUCUUUUUAGGCGCCGUGCGCGUCAAUCCUAGAUUUGAGGAGGGGCAAUAUUCUUCAGAAGACCCGAAAACAGGCAGGAAGGAUUGGGAGAAGGUUAUGGCCAACCAGCAGCAGGCAAGACACCUGGGUCAAAUGGGUACAGAUUGGCUAGAGGUUGCUUUCGGCUCUGGUUCUGUCAAGGUUGGGGUCGCUUUCGUUGAAAACCGACAACGAACGCUCAAGAUUGAGGAUUUCGAGCUACUGAAAGUAGUUGGUAAAGGAAGCUUUGGCAAAGUCAUGCAGGUCAUGAAAAAGGACACCCACCGAAUAUACGCCCUCAAGACGAUCCGAAAAGCACACAUAAUCUCCAGAUCAGAAGUUGCACAUACACUAGCCGAGCGAUCAGUACUUGCACAAAUCAACAAUCCUUUCAUCGUUCCUCUAAAGUUUUCCUUUCAAUCUCCAGAGAAAUUAUACUUGGUGCUCGCCUUCGUCAAUGGUGGGGAGCUUUUCCACCAUUUGCAACGCGAGCAAAGAUUUGAUGUCAAUCGUUCGAGAUUCUACACUGCAGAAUUGCUGUGUGCUUUGGAGUGUCUGCACGGCUUCAAUGUGGUGUACCGGGAUUUGAAACCUGAGAACAUCCUUCUCGAUUACUCUGGUCAUAUUGCACUCUGUGAUUUUGGUCUAUGCAAGAUGGACAUGAAAGAUGAAGACAGGACGAACACAUUUUGUGGCACCCCCGAAUACCUCGCGCCCGAGCUCUUACUCGGGCAAGGCUAUGAUAAGACAGUGGACUGGUGGACUCUUGGUGUUCUUCUUUACGAGAUGCUGACAGGACUACCUCCUUAUUACGACGAAAAUACGAAUGAGAUGUACCGGAAGAUCUUGUCAGAACCAUUGCAUUUUCCAGGCCCAGAAAUCGUACCACCAGCGGCAAAGGACCUCUUGAUACAGCUUCUUGACCGCAACCCGGCGAUGAGGCUUGGUGCGAAGGGUCCCUCUGAGAUCAAAGCACACCCUUUCUUCCAGGCUAUCGAUUGGAGGAAAUUGCUCCAAAGGCGAUACGACCCAACUUUCAAGCCAAACGUGACAGAUGCCCUUGAUACGGCUAACUUCGACCGGGAAUUCACCUCCGAAGCACCAACGGAUUCAUAUGUGGAAGGACCAAUGCUUUCGCAGACCAUGCAACAGCAAUUUACGGGCUGGUCAUACAACCGGCCCGUGGCUGGGCUUGGGGAUGCUGGAGGCAGUGUAAAGGAUCCUUCCUUCUCGGACGUGGCACGUUAA